CUUAAGUUAUAAUUGGGAGCUGGAAGAGACAUCCUUGAUGGUCUAAUAAGCUCCUUUUUGUCCCUUUAAAAUUUUGUGAAAUUACUAAUACUCAUUAUUACUAGUAUUAGUAUUGAGUUUUCUGUAGCCUAUAGGCUUAGUAUUAUUUCAAUACAUUGUAGGUAUGAUAUUAAUAAUGAAUAGUCACACUAACACAGUAUCGUCAUUGUGUCCGCAACAGUAGCUCAAAUCUGAGUUGUAAUUUUGUAAGGAGUACCUAUCCUAACAAUAAUAAUAAAUAAUAUUUGAACUAACACUAACAACUGUUAACAAUUGACUCAAUUUGAAAUACCUGAUAGUCAAUAGUCCAAAUGUCAGGAAUUUAUUUAUUAUUCUAGUUUGAUACCAUAUGAUGCAAAGGUAAGUGUGAAAUUGUAAAUAUCAGGGUUCUCUUGACAUUAGGAGCUGGUGGGCAACAAAGUUGGCUACUCCUCAAACAUCUUGCUAGCUACUAGUAUUGUAUUAAUGUAAGUAAAAAAAAGUCAAUUAUUCAGUCAGCUUAAAAAGUUACCUAGCCUGAUAUUUUGCUACAGGUGUAUUAUAAGGUCAUUAUUUGAUCAGACAAGAGCUAGUGGUAAAUACUGUUGAUCAUCUGCCUUCUCUCUACUCUUUAAAGUUAAUAAUUAGAGAUAACUUAGCAGAGAUAACCUUUAAAUAGCUUAGCAUGAAUAUCUUAAACAAUCUAACUUCCCUUUGUGUCUAAAUUAGUAAUGAAAUGUUGACCAGUUGAUAAAUUAGUUAAAUUUCAUGUUUCAGAAAUGUAUGCUACGCCCUCAAACUCAAAAAGUCGAAUAUUUGUACUGACAUUGAAACCUUAAGUCAAACUUGGACGUUUUAGUGGAAUUCUUGUCCUGUUUAUCAUCUUAUUCGCCGUCAGCAAAAUGAAUAUUCCAAAUGCGCCACUGAAGGGUGUCUUCUUUAUACACUUUAUCCUGUCAAUGUGGGCUCUCCAAAGUCCUUGGCUUCCCUCUUCAUACUUGUACUACAAUUCAAUUUUUCUGGUGACUUUAUUGUGGAGCCUUCAUUGGCAAGAUUCUGAUGAACCAGUAUUUAUGGCCUUAGUGAUAGAUGCAAUUUCUAUCCUACUAGACAUCAUCACCAUUUCCAUAUAUUAUCAAAACACUCACAACGACAAAGUACGUGGAAUUAAAUUCAGUGCUGGAAUGUGCAUCCUGAAUCUUAUCUUAAGAGUGGUAUCAGUGUUUAUCCUCCUCAAGGUCUUCCAGGAAAGGGGAGGCCAUUAUGAUAAUCUCGGCAUUCCAGGGAUAGCUACAGGCUCUAGAGGAACAUACGACAAUAUUGACUAUACCGGUCAACAGAGUGUGCCUAAGACAACUAUUGAUACAACACACGAACACAGUCCAGAUGCCAUGUUACCUUCGUAUCACAACCCUUAAUUUUCAUUUGAAACAUAUUCUUUACAGCCACCUAGGGUCUGUAAUUUGAACAAAUAUAUAUAGCAGUUAUUGUUAAAAAAAGAAAGAUAAAUAAUUCGAUUAUAUGAUCAUACUUCAUUGCACGUUCAAAUCUGAAUAGGUUAGUGCUUGUCAAUGUCCUAAGAUCAGAGUGCCUUUGUUAGUGAUUGGUAUGUAAAGAUUUUUAAGAUUCUGUAUUUGAACAUUUUAAGACUUCAAAACUCAGUUUAUUUUUACUAAAUUAUGCUCGUUUUUUGCACCUAACAAUUAACUUCAAAGAUGCCAUUUUGUUUUUUUACACAACAUUAUUUUUCGAAGUGUUUGAGGUUGAAUUAAAUUUUUUUAUGUUCACAUAUUUCAAGUUUAUUCCAACAUCUGGAUGUGUCAGGUUGACUGAGAAGGUUUUCUGCAGGGAAAAAAUAUCAUUUGUUGUAGAAUUAACGUAAUAUAUAUGAUAUCAGAGCUAUAGAUAGAUAUAUUAUUGUAAAAUUAAAAUCAAUAAAUGGUCUCUUGUUUGAAGAAAAACGUUCACAAAAAUGCGACUUAUUUGUGUUUUUGAACGUACCAUAUAUAUAAAGUUAUUCUUUGCUUAAUAGAAAGUUAACAAUAGAUUUCUGGUUUCACGUAAAACAUUUUUCCAUCACUGUCAUUUCAAUACUAAACUUGUGUGUUCAAAACUGUACACGCGUCGGUAAUAUCUACGCUUUCAGUUGCAGGUUUAGUAUUUUUUAAUCCAGAGGAUACUAGAGAUAUUUUAAGUUUUUAUAGCUCAAUGGUAACCUUGGAGCAUUGUAUGAAAUUCUGUGCAUUUCACAAAAAUCUCUCCAUAACGAUUACCACAAUAUCAAAAGUUGGUAAAUCUUAAAUAAAUAUCUCCACAAGAAUGCUUGAACUUGUGUUAAAUGAAACAGUUGUUAGAUUUCAGUACAAUUUAAAUCACUAUGUUCAAUUUUCUGUGAUUUACCAACACUGGCUGUGUGUGUUAUGUAGAUGUAUUACCUCAUUAUCUAAUACUGCUUCCAUGAAAAAUUUGUUUCGACUUUUGUGAAUUUCAUUUUAAGAUUCUAAAGAAGAAGAAAAAACUGUUUUAUAGAACAUAGAACUAUGAUAGAUAUAAGAUAAUUUGUUUUGUUUAAUUGAGAUAAACAAUAUAAUAGAGAUGUUUAAAGUUUUAUGUGUGUGUGUGUGGGUGUGUGUGUACUGAAAUGCCUGUUGUGCUACAGUUUUGCGAAUUUCAUCUUAAGAUUGUAAAGAGAAGAAAAUCUGGUAUCUGUUUUAGGAGACCUAAAACCAUGUUAGAUAGAAUGCAAUUUGUUGUCUGUUUUGUUUAUCUGAGAGGGAGAUAAACAUUCUGCAGAAGAAAUUAUUAGAGUUUUCAAGCAAUUUUACGAUUAAGUAAGUAACCAAGAUUCUUGGAGCAGUCACACGUGAGUAAGUAGUGAAGUAUAUAUAGGCUUAACUUGCAUUAGUCUUAUUUUGCUUUCUUUAAAGGCAGAAUGUAGAGUAGAAGCACUGGAAGGCCCAAGGUUUGAGCCUGUGAUGUGAGUUAAACAUGCUCCUCACUCUGAGCUGUUGUAUGUUAUAAAAGUGAUAGCCAAUACUACUAUGUGGUUAUGAGUAGUCGUACGUGGCAA